UCUACCAGCUUCUGCAGCUUCUGCAGUACAGUUUUCUGUUGGCAGGAGAGAAAUCAGUGGGAAAGUCCUACCAGGACUCAGGAGUACUCGAAGCAUGCCGCCAUGAUGUCUGUUGCUGGCUAUCGAAGCGUAGGCACAUUGCUUAGGAUUCGGCUAGGACCCAAGAAUCAAUGCCGCGCCGUCGGGGAGCUCUUCCAGAAUCGGCAAGCCCGGUUGCCAGCGUCAUCAGCACCACUCGCCAAAUUUGUUCAUUUUCGGUCGUUGCCGGUCCUGUGGAAUUCGUUUCGGCUGUUCCGGCUUCGCUGGCAUCUCCCUUUCCGCAUUCCGUAUCGGCGACUUCUUUGCGGAACCAUGUCGGCAGCGAGCUUCGAAAGCAUCCCGACCGUCAAGCUGGACAACGGGCGUUUCAAGUACAUUCUCAUCAAAGUUCACGACAAGAACGACGACAGCCGAACCAAGCUCAUCGUUCGCGGCUCGGCCGGUGCAGCGUACCACUCUGACAUCUUCGACAGCGAAUCCGCCAAAAUCGAAGCCAUCCAAGGACUCGAACUUGAGUGCCUCGGCGGCGGGAGGAUUAUCCACAAUCCUGACCGCAAAGAGAUUAAGGUGUUCGGAUAUUCGCAAGGGUACGGUCAGGCGGACCACAGCAAGACGGUCGAGAUUCUCAAGAACUUCUACCCGAACUAUGACUCUAUCACUUUCUCCAACGAAGGUUAUUGAGACGAUUAUGCCCAGAUGAGCCUCGCUUCUUGUGUUAUAUUAGUAACUUAAAUAAAUCAAGCUUUCGUCGCUUA